AUGUAUGAGGAUGAGUUGAAAUUUUUCAUCCAGCUACUGAACGGAACUGCUCUUAAGGAGAUCGGCGCAAGAGAUACUGUUACCAUCGAAAAUCCUCCGCUAGACUCGCCGACAGAAGAGGAAAUGGCCAAUGAUGUGAUCCGAGUUGAUGUGAGGCACUCCCAAUCAAGUGCUUUAAAGAAGCUGCAUGACAUCAUCGUUACUCCUAUUGCUGACCUGAUCGAAGGCAACGACGAGAUCACAUUCGUUCCUGAGGGGCCAUUUUGCCUUGUACCCUAUGCAGCGUUGCAAGACUCCAACUCAUCAUAUCUAAGUGAUUCUUUCAGAAUUCGUGUGCUUCCCUCUCUGACGACCUUGCAACUAAUUCGUGAUUGUCCAGCUGACUUUCACAUCAAGACUGGUGCAUUGCUUGUCGGCGACCCAUGUUUCAAACAUCUCAUCUAUGAGGGAACACUUUUGGUGCAACUUCCAGGAGCAAGGAAAGAAGUGGAGAUGAUCGGACGUAUCCUCAAUGUCUCCCCUCUCACUAGAGAAAUGGCAACAAAAGAUGAAGUGUUAAAACGAAUAUCAUCAGUGGCCUUAGUUCACAUAGCAGCGCACGGCAAAAUGGAAACUGGAGAAGUUAUCCUGGCACCAAACGCCACAAGAGAAAACCCUCAGCCGCAAGAGAAAGACUAUCUACUGAUGAUGAAAGAUGUGAUAGAAGCUGGGUUGCGAGCACGUCUGGUUGUACUUAGCUGCUGUCACACUGCUCGUGGGGAGGUCAUGGCCGAGGGUGUGGUCGGUAUGGCGCGUGCACUUUUGGCUGCCGGUGCCAGAUCUGUUGUGGUUACCUUGUGGGCGAUUGGCGACGAGGGAACCCUGGAGUUCAUGAGUUUCUUCUACGAUGCACUUGCCAAAGGCAAGAAGGCCAGUGAAGCUCUCAAUCAGGCCAUGAAGUGUAUGAGAAAAAUUGAAAAGUUUAAGGAGGUUUGGCACUGGGCACCAUUUGUACUUAUUGGUGACGACGUCAACCUGGAUUUCAAGGAGAUUUAAAAGUUAAGGCAGUGAGCAUUGGAAUCCCAGGGAGUUUUCGGAUACCUACAAAUGCUGAUAUUUGGACCAGAAACCUGUAAGCUACCGAUGAGACCUUUGUCAAGAGUCUUCUUUUCAUCAAAGCAGGAAGAACCAAA